AUGGGUGACCGAGGUUCAGCAAGCACUUCCAAUGAUAUUGAAAAUCUUUGCAAAGUGCUUUUGAAUGAAGUUUCAGAUAGCAUGGAAACUACCUUGCGGAAAGAGACAUGUAUCUACAAUGUUCCGGCAAACAUUCCUCAAUCAAAAAGAGCUGCCUAUACCCCUCAGGUAAUUUGUAUCGGCCCAAUUCAUCACAAGAAUGAAAAUGAACUGAAACGAAGAUAUGUCAACCAAUUCUUUAGCAGACUGCGUGGGGGAAAAUGGGAACCAUUUCAGGAGGAACUUGCGAACACCGUUAAAAAAUGUGCAGCUGAAAUCAGCCAUUAUUAUGAAGAUGAUUCAUUAGAGCUUUUCAAGGAUCCAAAAGAGCUUUUGAAGAUGAUUGUAUGGGAUGCUGCAUUCAUCUUAGAGCUCUUCUUGAAGACUGGAGAAUAUAAGAAAUAUAAAAACUCACCUGAAAAAACUUCUCAAGAUGACGACAGAUAUAAUUACGAUUAUAUAAUAGGUAAACCCUGGCUGACAGAUGCUAUUCAACGGGACCUGAUAUUGCUCGAAAACCAGCUGCCGUUCUGUAUUCUUGAUGAAUUAUAUAAAAUUGCAGCCAAAUACAUUAAACCCGAUUGCUCUUGUUCCCAAUGUAUUCGGUUCCAUGUACCAGAUUGUGAUUGUUUCCGAUGUAAUCAGGACCCUAAACCCGAUUGCUCUUGUUUCCAAUGUAUUCGGCUCUAUAAACCCGGGCAUAAUCGGGACCAUAAACCCGAUUGCAUUUGUUUCCUGGAACUUUCUUGCAAGUACUUUGAGAAGUACAACAAGAAAAAAACCAAUCCUCCGAAAAUAUUACAUUUCACUGAUUUGGUUAGGUUUUUCUUGUCCUCCAAACACCCAGAGACAAUGUAUAACGACCCCAUCACCAAUUGUGAUAUCACAGCAACUAGGCUGGAAGAAGCAGGGAUGAAGUUCAAACCACCAUCGGGAGAUGAAUGCUUACUUAACAUAAAAGCAUGGAGUGGAGACUCGGGAGGUAAUUCUAUCAAGAAAGGUGAGUUAGAUGUUCCACUCCUUGUGAUUGAUGAUAAUACUGAAUGUCUGUUACGAAACCUUAUGGCGCUAGAGCAAUGUCAUUUUCCCAAGGAGGCGUACAUCUGCCAGUAUGUCAAAUUCUUGGAUUUGCUUGUGGAUACUGCCGAAGAUGCAGACUUGCUGAUUAAAAGUAAAGUUAUUAUUAAUAGCCUUGGAAAAAGUGCAGAUGUGGCUGAGCUGAUUAACGAACUUUGCAAGGGAAUCGUAGAAGUCUCUUCGUGUUAUAGCAAUAUCGCCACAUAUUUAGAUGCUUACUAUAACAACCGGUAUAACAAGAGCAAGGCCUUCCUCAGAAGACAGUAUUUCAGGAAUGUUUGGAUAGGCACCGGAACUGUUGUUGGAUUGUUCGUGCUGUUCAUCACUUUGCAAGACUUUGUUCGAUCUUUUCUUUAG